CGUAGAUACGCUUUCCAGCCUCUGGGGUCUGGGGCGUCCCCGGUGAUAGCUUUAUAGGACGUUAAGUGAAAGGGGACGUGGGUGUGACUUAUAGCCUUGUCUCGGAGGAGGACAAUAAAGUUUGAGAAGUUUGAAAAGGGGAAAGAAAGUGAACGCCCCUUUGGUCGAGGGGUGUGGCCGGAGCUCGGCGAGGAGCCUGAAGGCGGGUGCAUGACAUGGGGGUCACCGUGGACGUGCACCAGGUGUUCCAGUACCCCUUCGAGCAAGUGGUCGCUUGCUUCCUACGAAAGUAUCCCAACCCCAUGGAUAAAAAUGUCAUCUCUGUAAAAACCGUGGAAGAAAAGAAAGAUGAAUCAACAGGACUCAUCUAUAGAAAGAGGAUUGCUAUCUGUCAGAAUGUGGUUCCAGAAAUUUUAAGAAAGGUGAGUAUUUUAAAGGUACCUGAUAUCCAGCUAGAAGAAGAGUCAUGGCUCAAUCUUCAGAAAAGGAACAUGGCUAUCCGGAGUCACUGCCUCACGUGGACACAGUAUGCAUGCAUGAGGGAAGAGUCUGUCUUCCGGGAAAGUGUGGAAAAUCCAAAUUGGACAGAGUUCAUUCAAACAGGCAGAAUUUCAAUCACAGGGGCGGGAUUUCUCAACUGUAUUCUGGAAACUUUUGCUAGUACGUUCUUAAGGCAAGGAGCCCAGAAGGGAAUUAGAAUAAUGGAGAUGCUGCUAAAGGAACAGUGUGGUUCCCCCUUAGUGGAAUAAAAAAAUCAUCAGGGAGCUGCCACUGUGUCUACUCUUCCUCGAGACUCACUUCUUGGCCAUGACAUCAUAAACACAAUCACUGGAUGCUGGUUUCAGGGCAGAGUCACAGAGGCUUAGACAAGAGGGGACCUUCAUGCUAGAGCACAGACUUGACACUCCCCUUUGGGGUCUGCUUCAAAUCGUGGGACUCAUAGAGCUGGAGUUUUAUGACGUGGUCUCUUUACAAUCUCAUGAAUAAAGGGAAAAAUCUAUCAGAUGA